AGUUACAGAAGUUGUUAAAAGGCCAAAAGGCACACGUCUAAUUCUCAGAUAACUACCACAGAACACCGUGGAGUUAGUAUGGCCAAGGUUAACGGUACUACGUCUGGCUGUAGAGCCAUUGUUAUGGCGGGACAGUUUCUGUCUAAACCCUCUCCAUUAGUCCAGCGCCAGAACACCACUCAACAGAGAUUCGUGAGACUUCAGCGUCGUAUGAAAUCAGCUAGCGCCGCUGGACAGGGAAACAAAACCCCUGCACAGACUCAACAAGAUGUCUCACAUUCUUUCUCCACCGUUGACCGCAACGUUUGGUCAAAUCGCACGUUAAUUUAUCGGGACGUUAAAGCAUUCCUCAAUGAAAUAGGUGGGGAUCCCCGGGAGGCUCGUUACUGGCUGACGCAAUUCCAGAGAGCUAACCUGUCUCAAGCACCAGCAUUCGCAGUUCUAGAGGUGGACACAUCGGUAUUUGAGAGCCGAGAGAUGGUUCAUAGCUUGGCUUUUGGGCUCUCUUUCCUGCAGCGGAUGGACAUGAAGCCAGUGGUUGUAAUGGGGCUCCCUCGGCGUGAGGAGGAGAUGGAGGAGGAGAAAGGUGGCCCGGCAGGGACCUCCUCCACCUCCGUCUCCAGAGCUACUCUGGUGAAAUACUGUCAGGCUCUUACUGAAGCCCUGCAGUACAACUCUGCUAGUGUAAUGCCCUUCUUCAGCGCUGAAGCCCUGCUACUGGUACAGGAACCUCAGCAUGGGGGCAGUUCUUCCAUUGUCGUGGAUACGGGGCUGCUUCAGUGGAGUUUGGACUGCGGCACCAUCCCGCUCGUGUGUCCUGUGGGUCGUGACACCAGCGGACAUUCUCUGGUACUGGACUCUGUCCAGGUCAUGGCCUCCAUCUCUAGGGCACUACAGCCCCUAAAAGUCAUGUUCCUCAACAGCUCAGGUGGCAUCCGAAACCAAAACGAGAAGGUGGUGGAUUUGGUGUCGUUGCCCGGCGACCUGCCUGCACUUUGGUCCGCGCCGUGGCUGAGUCCGGCAGAACGGCAGCGGGUCGGCGCCAUAGCCCAGCUUCUCAAUCAACUUCCUGCCGAGUCCUCAGCUGUCGUCACCUCUGCCAAUACCAUGCUCACUGAGCUUUUCAGCCACAAGGGUUCUGGGACCCUCUUCAGAAAUGGAGACCCUAUUCACAAGUACAGAAGCUUGAAUGACAUUGACGUUGACCGCCUCCUGGCCUUAAUCAACAAGACGUUUGGAAAGAACCUAAAGAAGGAUUAUAUCACCUCAUUGAAGGGGAGGCUCCACUCCAUCUAUUUAUCAGAGGGGUACAGCGCAGCUGCCAUCAUCACCUGCGAGCCGGUAAGCAGCGGGACACCCUAUCUGGACAAGUUUGUGGUGAGCAGCAGCAAGCAAGGUCAAGGCACAAGUCAGAUUUUAUGGGAGUGCAUCCGACAGGACCUGGGCAAGCUCUUCUGGAGGUCCCGUGCCACCAACCGCAUCAAUCCAUGGUAUUUCAAGCACUGUGAUGGGAGCUUCGUUAACGGGAACUGGAUAGUUUUCUGGUUUGGCCUGUCGGACAUCAGAGAAUCUUAUGAGCUUGUUGAGUAUGCUAAGCAGCUGCCCGACUCUUUCAGUAGUCCUGGUGUGGAAGAAACUUCCUUGCAGCUACCCUCUGGAUCAUGAUGUUCCCUUGACCGCUCUACCAUGAUCUUCAUGCAGCGUGACAGCCCAAGUUUAGCCAAACGUUUUUGACGUAAACAAUUUUUGGAAGCUUCAAGCUCAACCCCUGAGUGGCAUUAUUGAACACCCUAAUAAAGUCUCUGGUAAUAUAGGUUUCUGGGUUUUUUCACCCAGAGAGUUAAGUCCAAUAUGCAGCUUCUACACUGUUGCAUGGUUGUGAGGUUCUAGAAAAACAUUUGUGUCAAACUGGUACCAUGUGGAAAGAAUUUUUUUGCACAAUUUAACAAACAGUUCUGGGAAUACAAAUAGCAUAUGCUAGUUACCUUUUUUUUUUGCUUUGAGAAAGUCAAAACAAUGGUCAAUAAUUUUGUUUUGUCUCUGUACAAACAGUUUAAUUUCUAGAAAUUAGAGAUUAAAAACUUUACAGCACUUCAAAUAUACUGAUGUAAUUUCCUGUUAAAACACUGAUCUAUAUUAGCUUGUACUAUUUGCAACUCAUGUGAAUAACAAAUUUUUACAUUUAUC